ACCCGAAUCCCCUCACGUCUGAAAGGAAUGUGAAAUGAUGGAAUAUUAUGUCUGACAUUAGCUACUCCAUUUUGAGAUCUAGGAUUCCAUUUUAUAUAAUAUAGGUCUCUGUAGAGACAUUUCAAUAUGUACUUUUGUUUUUUGCUUUUAAUCUAACAUUUAAGUUUUGCGGUUUUCAUAAAUAGAAUAUGUGCUAGAUGGCUAGUUCCGGAGCAGGCAUUCUGUAUGCAAGUAACAUGUUCUUCUGUCUUUAAAGUUUAACAAUUGUUCCUUAAAAUCCUCUGAAAUCUGUAAGAUUGAAACUGUGAACUUGUUCCCCUUUUUCUACAUGUUAGGAGGAGGAGAUUUCUUUAACUCUCUGUAUGUGUGUAUAAAUGCUCUGUCGAAAAAUAUAGCAAUUUGCAAUUAUCGAUACAACAUAAGUGUCUGUGUCAUCAUUGUCUCGCUAGCGAGGGAAUCCCACCUGUCCAAGGUCCAGCCUAGGCAACAGGAUCAGAACCGAACCUAACAGAACUGGUACCAGGAAGCGAGGUGCUGAUUGACCAGAUCCAACUCACCCUUUUAUACCUGGAGAUGAGGUAUUGGUUAAGCAGUUGGCCGUAAGAAGAAAGACGGGCCCCAUUUACCAAGGCCCAUAUACGGUGGAAAAGGUCUCCCGGACAGCCAUAAAGGUUGAAGGCCUAGGACCAUGGAUUCAUGCGAGCAGAUUGAAAAAGGGUCCCUUGAAGAUAAAGACCCCAGAAGCCCCGAUGGCUCCCCCCUUGGAGCGAGGGCUCGAGAACAAGGAGGACACAAAGCUAGAAGCCCCGAUGGCUCCCCCCUUGGAGCGAGGGCUCAAGAACAAGGAGGACGCAAAGCCAGAGACCCUGAUGGCUCCCUCCAUAGAGCAAGGGUCCGGGAAAACCAGCACUUAACUGCCAAUCAGGUGUACAAUAGAAUGAUAAGAGGAGGGAAAUACUGUGGACUAUUGCUUAUAUUGUUUGUGGUGACUGCUACGGGGGUUUGCUACUUCACCCCAGGUUGCUAUGGGAUACAUGGAAUACAUGAGGUGGGAAAAGGCCAAGACCCAAAAUUAGUCAUGGUAGGGAAGAGAUUCAUUAGAUGGCGAGCCAGAGAUCAAUAUUGGGAUUCAAAGGGUAAUAUCUGGAAGCUUUGCUGUGUCAAAUUUGACUGGGUGAGGAGGAUUCCCAAAGGCCACCUAACGGGUUAUACAGACGGACCUAGCCUGUAAAAUUAAAGCAACCAUGUUUUUCUAUAAUGACACAGUAGGGAAACCGCUUAGGUUCUGUAUUCCCAGGGAACAUACGGUAACUAAAACACUGGUGUCACGUUUGAAAAAGGUAAACGCAGGGUUGUCCACAAAGGAGGUGGUGGAUGAUCCUCUGUUCUUUCAAAGAAUAGAUGAAUCUCUUAAUAUCAAUCAAAGAGAUAACAAUGUUGACAAAGCGAAAGUGUAUGGAACAAAGGUGUUUAAGUCCAUGGGACCUGUGGGGAACCCAAAGAAAUAUGAGGAGGUCCCCACUGUUCCCCACCACUGGGCAUUAAUGUAUAAAUAUGGACAAUUAACAGGGCAGAAAGAGAACUGCUGGGUAUGUUCCAAAAUACAUUCUAAUGAGGGUAAAAUCCCGGUUAUAGGCUUACCAGUAACAUUGCCUCAAUUUGUGGCCGCUGCAGGUAAGACCCCCAUGAGAAGGGUUACCAGGACUGAUAGACCAGUGUACUUUAGAAAAUUUUCUAAACACCCCAACCUCUGUUUUUUGAAUGGUGUGGUAACACAUGAAGGUCAGAUAGCAAAUGGAGAAUGGUGUCGAGAAUCUGUGAUGAAUAUGACUAUUAGGAAUGUUGCGGCAUGGGAGGAGGACAAGUCCUUAGAAAUUGAAGGAUUGGGAAUUAAACUUACUGAGAUGAAUGAUGGAGAUGAGAGAGUGGGAAAUAUGAGUUUGUAUAACAUAAGCCAUUGUUUUAGGAUGAGGAAGCCCAAUGACACUGUUAACCAGGUUCUCUCCUCCCUACAUAAUGUAAGUACUCCAUGGAUAUCCCCCCAAUCUGAGUUUGUGCCUCUUGUAGACUGGAUGUGCCUGACGGGUCUACGAACUCCUAUGCAUGGGGAGGAGGUGGUGGAAGCACCACACCUUCCCCAGGGAUUUAUGGUCUGUUGUGGACUGGCUUGUCAUACCACCAUCCCAUAUCCCACCGAUAGAAACACAGGGGGAUGGUGUUCCCUUAUGUACAUGGUUCCUUAUAUGGGAGUAGCAAGUGGAGAAACCAUGAUGGAAAUGAACAAACCGUCAGGGAGUUUGAAAAUAAGAUCCAAACGAGAUGUAACAAGUCUCUGGGAAAAAUUACUGACUUUGCUCCCAGGAGGAAGUAUUAAUGCCCUAACCAGAGUAGAUGAAUUUUCAAGUCUGGUAAUGUCUUGGAUGAAUAAAACUGACAAGGACAUUACUGAUUUGAAUGAGGAAACUUAUAAAAUAAGACUGUUGCAAGAAAUGACAAACCUACAGUUGGAAAAGAUGGGAGAUAUUGUUGUAGGGCUAUGUAUAUUACAUGAACAAGCAGACAUGUGUUGCACAUUCAUGAAAAAUCUUACUAAGGCCAUUGGAGAAAUUACUGUUCCUGAUUACCAUGACCAAAUAGAAGCCCACCACAAUGAGAGAAUGUCCCUGGUGAAUCAAAUGCAACACAUGGGAGAUGCUUGGGAUCCUUUUUCUGGAUCUCUGGGAGGAUUGUGGCCUAGUAUUGUGGGUUUCUUUAAAAAGGCAGGAAUAUUCAUUAUAAUGAUCUUGCUCCUGGCCUUGUGUGCAUUCCUUUCAGUAAAAAUGAUAUUCUGUAUAAUUGGGAAAACAACAGGAUUAAAAAUAAAGCAGAAUCCCGAAUCCAGCCAGGAUUCCCAGGAGUCAUUCAUGCUGAAAAGGCAAAAUUGGUAUAGUGAGUGAUCCCAGGAAAGUAAAUAUCCUUGGGAUCAGAGGAGGGAAUUGAAAGGAAUGUGAAAUGAUGGAAUAUUAUGUCUGACAUUAGCUACUCCAUUUUGAGAUCUAGGAUUCCAUUUUAUAUAAUAUAGGUCUCUGUAGAGACAUUUCAAUAUGUA